CGAGGAGCAGGAGCCGAAAGCCAGGUACUGUAUCUGUCUACUGUCAGGAUAUGAUGCUGUAGCUUUCGACACUUGACCCGCUGACUGUUGUGGCGUGGCCUUCAAAGGUCAGAGUGAUGCUCCUGGCGACUCCGCUGUGAUCUCUGUUGCUGCAGUUUCCACAGAAACGAAACAACGGUCGGCAGAAAGCAGCAGUCAAGUCGCAAAAAGAUGACAUCACCGUCACCCACUCACAGUGACAGCAGUGGCUCCUUGAAGCAUGACAAUAACCAGGACAGCUGGGAGAUUGUGGAGGGGCUCAGGGGGGUUCCUGCCAGCAUGCAGGAGCCUGACGGACAGGAGGGUGUCGUGCUCAAAAGGAGGAAGUGGCCCAUGAAGGGAUGGCAUAAGAGAUACUUUGUGUUGGAGAAAGGCAUCCUGAAGUAUGCAAAGCGUGAAGCAGAUCUGAAGAAGGGAAAACUUCACGGCUGCAUCGACGUCGGCCUCUCCGUCAUGUCAAUCAAGAAGAAAGCCAUGUGCAUCGACCUGGACACAGAAGACAACAUUUUUCACCUAAAGGUGAAGAACCCAGAUCUGUUUGAGGAGUGGGUGUCAAAGCUGCGUCAUCACAGAGUGUUUCGGCAGAACGAGAUUGCCAUGUAUCCCCAUGAAAGGCACCUCUUCCACCCCCACGCCGCGUCCUCCCCGUCCCUCAGUGACUCACUUAGAAAAAGGACUACUGUCACCAAGCAGACAUCAGUCCACCAGAAUAAGGUCAGUUCCUGGCUCCACUCCUCAGAGGACAUGAACAGGUGCUGCAAAGACUUGGAGGAGUGCGAAUCGUAUUUACUUGAACUCAACCUGCUGCUGAAGAGCAUGGAAGUCCUCCACCGCACAUACUCAGCCCCAGCCAUCAGUGCACUACAAGCGUCUACGUAUGACAUUCCUAAAAAGGAGAAGAGGCCAAGGAGAUGGCGAUCCAAGAACAAUGGCAAAGAAACCAAAGCCACACUACAGGUCCCAAGCUGUAUCUCCUCCAAGUCCCCUCGCCUCCACGCAUCCCACCCCAAUCUCUCCAUUACUGAGUCCAACACCCAGGAGGUCUGUCCUGAAUCCCCAGACUCACCUACAGACGUGUCUCGUCUACAGGAAGACUUCUGCAGGCUGGCCAACAACAUCCACACCACACUGAAAUCAGCCUUUAGUUCUCUGUCAGCAGAAAGAGACAGACUGAGGCACACCAUCGAAAUGCAGCCCCCUCAGCCAGCGCAGGUCAUUGGCUUGAAGACUGCCUAUGCCUCAGUGAGUCAGAAUGCAUGGUUCUGCAGGGUUGCACCACAAAUGUUCACCACUGUACACUACAUGUCUAAUUUCUCAUGUGGCUUCUUAUCAUCUUAUCAGGAAUGUACAGGUGGCUCCCACUCCUUGGUCCACCAGGUGUCCAAUGAGAGCAAAGCAUCUAUCCCAGAGUCGAUAUCAGAAUUCUUUGAUGCUCAGGAGUACCUCCUCUCCUCCUCCUCCUCUGAGAAUGAGGUGUCCGACGAUGACUCGUACAUCAGUGAUGUCAGUGACAGCGUCUCCAUGGAUACCUACAGCAAUGAGGGAGGCAGCGAGAGACACAACUCAGUUGAUGGUGUGGUUCCCCUGGCUCGUCGACGCUCCACACUGCCCUCUCCCAGUCCCACGGGCAGCGUGAGCCUGUGGAACAUCCUGAGGAACAACAUCGGUAAGGACCUGUCCAAGGUGGCCAUGCCAGUACAGCUCAAUGAGCCACUCAACACCCUGCAGAGGCUGUGUGAGGAACUCGAGUACAGCGAGCUGCUGGAUACCGCCAACGAGACCCAGGACCCUUACCAGCGCAUGGUGUAUGUCGCUACGUUUGCAAUAUCUGCAUAUGCAUCCACCUAUCAUCGAGCAGGAAGCAAACCCUUUAACCCGGUCUUGGGGGAGACGUAUGAGUGUGACAGACCUGAUAAAGGCUUCAGGUUUAUAGCUGAACAGGUGAGUCAUCACCCACCUGUGUCAGCAUGUCACUCUGAUUCAAAGAACUUCACCUUUUGGCAAGAUGUUCGGUGGAAAAAUAAAUUCUGGGGCAAAUCCAUGGAAAUAGUUCCCAUGGGAACCACUCAUGUCACACUACCUGCGUUUGGGGACCACUAUGAAUGGAACAAAGUGACGUCCUGUAUUCAUAACAUCCUGAGCGGUCAGCGCUGGAUCGAACACUACGGAGAGAUGGCCAUCAAAAAUAUCAACAGCAACACCUGCCAGUGUAAAGUCACAUUUGUUAAGGCAAAGUCUUGGAGCUCUACAGUGAACGAGAUAGAGGGUGUGGUUACAGAUUCAAAUGGAAAAGUUGUACACUCAAUUUUUGGAAAAUGGCACGAGUCCAUUUUUCAAGGGGACCCGCCAUCCGCCACGUGCAUCUGGAGAGCAAACCCCAUGCCGGUGGACCAAGAGCAGUACUAUGGCUUCACCCAGUUUGCGGUGGAGUUGAAUGAGCUGGAUCCCACCUUAAGACCUCUGCUUCCCCCCACAGACACACGCUUCAGGCCGGACCAGAGGCUGUUGGAGGAGGGGAACAUAGAAGGAGCUGAGGAGCAGAAACAGAGGCUAGAGCAGCUCCAGAGGGAGAGGAGGAAAGUGCUGCAGGACAACAACAUGACACACCAGCCACGCUUUUUCAAGAAGUCAAAGGAUGACACAUGGGUGAGCAGCAACACGUACUGGGAGCAGCGCAGAGACCCAGGCUUCAGUAAAAUGGACUUCCCUGUGUUGUGGUGACCUCUGGACUUAACCAAACCUCUCCACUACAACUUAUCAUAGAGAGGGAAUUAUAAAACUGACCUGAGACCAGCCUUGAGGUGUCCUGACCCGGUCAAAAUGAAUCACUCAAUGUCAUGGUAACCAAAUCAAUAUGGACUUCCUGCUUCCCCUUUUAGGACCAAGCAGAGCCUGUAGGACUUCUGUCUGUUUUGUUUCCGUUUAUUAUGUUUAUCUUUUAGGGUACAUUUUUCUCUUGUCAUUACCACAGUUGUUAUUUACAUGUCGGUGUCAGUGUAAACUAAAUGUUUAUAUGAUUAUGUUCUGUUGCAUCUCAGCAUUUACCAAAGUGCCUCUUAUUGCAGUGCUGCACUUGAUCAACUGCUGUAGCAGUUAUGCAAAAACACUUUUAUUUGGAGACUUUAAAAACUGCUCUUUUGGAUGAUGUCAGUAUGUAUUACUGGAGAGAAAAGGAUCAGGGAUGGAAGUGAACUUUUUCAAAAGGUCAAAAGUUGCUCAAGUAUUUGUCUAUUUGUCAACAUCGUGACAAGUAGGAUUGUUUAAACUACCUUGUGAUCAGAUGUUCUCAUUAUAAAAGAGUGACUUCAGCCUUUCAGUAUGCUGCCUUGUUAUAAUCAUGUGAUGACUGUGGAUAUAAUUUAUCACUGAGGUAAACAGCAAUAAUACUCCAUGUUCAAAGAUAAUAAACUGUACAAUGAAUGGACAAAUUA